AUGGGAAACGAUUCAUUCCUAUCGGUUAUCUUCUCGCGACAGCAAAUUGUCACAGCAGCUGGUAUUGCUGCCGCUGCAUUUAUUGGUUACUGCAUUUAUUUCGAUCAUAAAAGGCGUUCAGCACCUGACUAUAAGCAGAAAAUACGUGAACUACGUCGCGCUUCCGCGAAGAAUAAACAGCCGACAAAUUUACCGAAUCCACAAAAUGUCACUGAAAUGCAAGCAUUUUUCUUGCAAGAAGUGCAGUUGGGUGAAGAACUCUUAGCAGACGGACACACUGAUGCGGGUAUUGAACAUCUGUGUAAUGCAAUAACUCUCUGUGGUCAGCCGGCACAGUUGAUACAAAUUUUCCAGCAAACAUUACCAAACGAACAUUUCACCAUUUUGCUUCAGAAGUUACCGGAUGCUAAAAUUCGUCUUAUGCGAAUGUUCGGUAAUCAAUUGGGGCAAGCUGAGCGUUCACAUGCUGGAGCAGAAGAUGGUGAAAUUCCAACAGUUGUUAGGGCGGCGAAUGCUAUUGAAAUCAGUGAUGAUCUCGAGCUUGAAUAG